CGCUGGUGCUGUACCACUGGACGCAGUCCUUCUCCUCGCAGAAGGUGCGCUUGGCAAUAGCCGAAAAAGCCCUGAAGUGCGAAGAGCACGAUGUAAACCUGCCGCUGAGCGAGCACAACGAGCCAUGGUUCAUGCGCUUGAAUUCCUCUGGAGAAGUACCUGUCCUGAUCCAUGGGGAAAACAUCAUUUGUGAGGCAACGCAGAUUAUCGAUUACCUUGAAGCAACGUUUGUAGAUGAGGAAGUACCAAGAUUAAUGCCGGAAGAAGGGAGCAUGUAUUAUCCAAGGGUGCAACACUACAGAGAGCUUUUAGACUCCUUACCUAUGGAUGCCUACACGCAUGGCUGCAUCCUGCACCCCGAGUUAACUGUGGACUCCAUGAUUCCAGCCUAUGCUACCAGCAGAAUUCGUAGCCAAAUAAGUAACACAGAAUCAGAGUUGAAGAAACUUGCGGAAGAAAAUCCAGACCUUCAAGAUGCCUAUAUAGCAAAACAGAAGCGCCUUAAAUCUAAACUGCUGGAUCAUGAUAAUAUAAAAUACCUAAAGAAAAUACUGGAUGAACUGGAAAAAGUUUUGGAUCAGGUUGAGACUGAAUUGCAGCGACGAAAUGAGGAAACACCAGAAGAUGAAAAUCAGCCUUGGCUCUGUGGUGAUUUCUUCAGUCUGGCAGAUGUAUCACUUGCCGUCACGUUACAUCGCCUGAAGUUUCUGGGAUUAGCAAGAAGAAACUGGGGAAACGGAAAGCGGCCCAACUUGGAAGCCUAUUAUGAGCGUGUCCUGAAGAGAAAAGCAUUUUACAAAGUUUUAGGACACGUCAACAAUAUAUUAAUCUCGGCUGUUCUGCCAACAGCAUUCCGUGUGGCCAAGAAAAGGGCUCCCAGGGUUCUUGGCACCACCCUGCUGGUCAGCAUGCUGGCGGGAAUGGGUUAUCUUGCUUUCAUGUGUCUUCGGAAGAGGUUUGCCAACAUGAUGUUAUCGAUUAGAACCAGGCAAAAUUAUUUUUAGACCCAUCUGUCCCUGGUGGUGAGUGGAGGGCAUCUCUACCCCCCAGGAAAAUAUCCCCAAUAAAAUAUAAAC